CGUUGACAAGUGGAUCCAAGAUGGCGUAGAAAGUAAUGACAGGAUUUGGAUGAAGUAAUUGAUCACUAAAGAACUACAGUGCUGGUGAGAUGUGUAAGAAAUUAUAAAGAGCUCUGAUGGGCUAUUUGGGUGAUACCCAGUGCAGUGAACUGCAGGAUUUUUGUCCCUGAGUCAUGGAAGACAGAAGAGCUGAGAAGUCAUGUGAACAAGCGUGUGAAUCACUUAAGAGGCAGGACUAUGAAAUGGCCCUAAAGCACUGCACAGAGGCCCUUCUUUCUCUUGGCCAGUACUCCAUGGCCGAUUUCACAGGGCCAUGUCCACUGGAGAUAGAAAGCAUCAAAAUUGAGAGCCUUCUCUACAGAAUUGCCUCAUUUUUACAACUGAAAAACUAUGGGCAAGCUGAUGAAGACUGUAGACAUGUGCUGGGAGAAGGUCUCGCCAAGGGAGAUGGUGCCUUCCAGGCGGUGCUUUGUUGCAUGCAGCUGAAAGGAAAGCUCCAACCUGUAGCCAACAUUCUUGCCAAGUCACUGACAGGAGAGUCCCUGAAUGGGAUGGUAACAAAAGAUUUGACAAGAUUAAAAACACUUCUCACAGAAACUGAGACAGCAACUAGUCAUGUCCUCUCUGGAUGUCACCUGGAAGACUUCGAAGAGGGAUCUUGUAAUGGUUGGCAUUUCCGCCCACCACCUAGGGGAAUCACAAGCAGCGAGGAAUAUACUUUGUGUAAAAGAUUUUUAGAGCAAGGAAUCUGUAGGUAUGGUGCGCAGUGUACUUCAGCACAUUCCCAGGAAGAACUAGCAGAAUGGCAGAAAAGAUAUGCUUCACGGUUGAUAAAAUUGAAACAGCAAAAUGAGAAUAAACAGCUCUCAGGCAGUUACAUGGAAACCUUGAUAGAAAAGUGGAUGAAUUCAUUAUCUCCUGAGAAAGUGCUUAGUGAAUGUAUAGAAGGAGUAAAAGUAGAGCAUAAUCCAGAUCUGUCGGUUACUGUCAACACCAAAAAGUCUCACCAGACGUGGACCUUUGCUCUCACGUGUAAGCCUGCAAGAAUGCUGUAUCGCGUAGCAUUGCUUUACGAUGCGCAUCGUCCUCAUUUUAGUAUCAUUGCAAUAUCUGCCGGAGAUAGUACUACCCAGGUAUCACAAGAAGUCCCAGAAAACUGUCAAGAAUGGAUAGGAGGAAAGAUGGCCCAAAAUGGAUUAGAUCAUUACGUGUAUAAAGUCGGGAUAGCAUUUAACACAGAAAUAUUUGGAACUUUUCGCCAAACCAUAGUUUUCGACUUUGGAUUGGAACCAGUACUCAUGCAAAGAGUAAUGAUUGAUGCAGCUUCUACAGAAGAUCUUGAAUACCUGAUGCAUGCAAAACAACAGCUAGUAACCACAGCUAAGCGUUGGGAUUCUUCUUCUAAGACUAUUAUAGAUUUUGAACCUAAUGAAACUACUGAUUUGGAGAAGAGCCUUCUUAUCAGAUACCAAAUUCCUCUCUCUGCUGACCAGCUAUUUACCCAGUCCGUUUUAGACAAAUCAUUGACCAAGACCAACUAUCAGUCACGGUUGCAUGACCUUCUUUAUAUUGAGGAAAUAGCCCAGUAUAAAGAAGUCAGCAAGUUCAACCUUAAAGUGCAAUUGCAGAUUCUAGCAAGCUUCAUGCUCACUGGGGUUUCUGGAGGUGCAAAGUAUGCUCAGAAUGGACAACUUUUUGGUCGCUUUAAGCUUACUGAAACACUUUCUGAAGAUACUUUGGCUGGACGGCUGGUGAUGACCAAAGUCAAUGCUGUUUAUUUAUUACCAGUCCCUAAGGAGAACUUAGUACAGACCCAGGGAACCAAAGAGAAGGUUUAUGAAGCUACUAUUGAAGAAAAAACAAAAGAAUAUAUAUUUUUAAGGAUAUCCAGGGAAUGCUGUGAAGAACUUAAUCUUCGGCCUGAUUAUGACACACAGGUUGAACUUCAGUUUCAAUUAAAUCGAUUACCCCUCUGUGAAAUGCAUUAUGCGCUAGACAGGAUCAAGGACAAUGGGGUUUUAUUUCCAGACAUCACUAUGACUCCAACCAUACCUUGGAGUCCCAACAGACAGUGGGACGAACAGUUGGAUCCUCGACUAAAUGCAAAACAGAAAGAGGCUGUUCUGGCUAUUACAACUCCACUUUCAAUACAGCUGCCUCCUGUUCUCAUCAUUGGACCCUAUGGCACAGGCAAAACAUUCACUCUCGCUCAGGCCGUAAAGCACAUGCUCCAGCAGCAGGAGACGAGCAGGAUUCUCAUUUGCACCCAUUCUAAUAGUGCUGCUGAUCUCUACAUAAAGGAUUAUUUACAUCCAUAUGUAGAAGCAGGCAAUCCCCAGGCAAGACCUCUCAGGGUAUAUUUCAGAAAUCGCUGGGUAAAGACUGUUCACCCAGUUGUGCAUCAGUACUGUUUGAUCUCAAGCGCACAUUCCACCUUUCAGAUGCCACAGAAAGAAGAUAUUCUUAAACACCGAGUGGUGGUUGUUACAUUGAAUACUUCCCAGUACCUCUGUCAGUUGGACCUUGAACCUGGGUUUUUUACGCACAUUCUAUUAGAUGAAGCUGCCCAGGCCAUGGAGUGUGAAACCAUUAUGCCUCUAGCAUUAGCAACUAAAAACACUCGGAUUGUCUUGGCUGGUGACCACAUGCAGCUCAGUCCUUUUGUUUACAGCGAGUUUGCCAGGGAGAGAAACCUUCAUGUUUCAUUACUUGAUCGACUCUAUGAGCAUUAUCCUGCCGAGUUUCCAUGUAGGAUCCUCCUAUGUGAGAACUACCGCUCCCAUGAAGCUAUCAUCAAUUACACCUCCGAGCUCUUCUACGAGGGCAAACUGAUGGCCAGUGGAAAGCAACCAGCACACAAAGAUUUCUACCCACUAACUUUCUUUACAGCACGAGGGGAAGAUGUGCAAGAAAAAAAUAGCACAGCUUUUUAUAAUAAUGCAGAGGUAUUUGAAGUGGUGGAACGUGUGGAAGAGUUAAGAAGGAAGUGGCCAGUAGCGUGGGGGAAGUUAGAUGACGGCAGUAUCGGUGUGGUGACCCCGUAUGCUGAUCAAGUGUUUAGGAUACGUGCUGAACUUCGGAAAAAGAGAUUAUCUGAUGUUAAUGUAGAAAGAGUGCUAAAUGUUCAAGGAAAGCAAUUCAGAGUUUUGUUUCUUAGCACAGUACGUACAAGGCAUACUUGUAAACAUAAACAGACACCAAUUAAAAAGAAAGAGCAACUGCUGGAAGAUUCCACAGAGGACUUAGAUUAUGGUUUUUUAUCUAACUACAAACUUCUCAAUACUGCCAUCACAAGAGCACAAUCCCUGGUUGCCGUGGUGGGCGAUCCCAUUGCUCUGUGCUCUAUUGGAAGAUGCAGGAAAUUUUGGGAGCGGUUUAUUGCCCUGUGUCAUGAAAAUAAUAGCCUACAUGGAAUCACUUUUGAACAGAUCAAAGCUCAGCUAGAGGCUUUAGAACUAAAGAAGACAUACGUGUUGAAUCCACUGGCACCCGAAUUUAUCCCGCGGGCUCUAAGACUGCAGCAUUCAGGAAAUGCCAACAAGCUGCAGCAGUCACCUCCCAAGGGGAAAAGCCUUCAUCAUACCCAGAAUGAUCAUUUCCAGAAUGAUGGAAUUGUUCAGCCCAAUCCUUCCGUACUUAUUGGCAAUCCUAUUAGAGCAUAUACUCCUCCACCCCCUCUUGGACCUCACCCAAAUUUGGGGAAAUCUCCAAGCCCUGUUCAGAGAAUAGAUCCUCACACUGGGACAAGUAUUCUUUAUGUACCUGCUGUCUAUGGAGGGAAUGUAGUUAUGUCGGUGCCUUUACCUGUACCAUGGACAGGAUACCAGGGUAGGUUUGCCGUUGAUCCUCGAAUCAUUACACACCAAGCAGCAAUGGCCUACAACAUGAACCUCUUACAGACACAUGGACGGGGGUCUCCUAUACCGUAUGGCCUCGGGCAUCAUCCACCUGUCAGCAUAGGGCAACCACAAAACCAGCAUCAGGAGAAGGAUCAACAUGAGCAAAAUCGAAAUGGUAAAAGUGAUACAAAUAAUCCUGGACCUGAAAUUAAUAAGAUUCGAACACCAGAGAAGAAGCCUACAGAAUCAAAACAGAUUGAUUUGGAAUCAAAUCCACAGAGCAGAAGUCCUGAAUCACGUCCUGGUGUUGUUUAUCCCAAUACCAAAUUUCAUCGCAAAGAUAAUCUCAACCCAAGACACAUAAAUCUUCCUCCUCCUGCUCCCCAUGCUCAGUAUGCAAUCCCUAGUCGUCAUUUUCAUCCCCUUCCGCAGCUACCAAGACCACCAUUUCCAAUUCCGCAGCAGCACGCCUUGUUAAAUCAGCAGCAGAAUAAUUUGCCUGAACAACCCAAUCAAAUGCCCCCCCAACCAAAUCAGGUAGUACAGCAGCAGAAUCCGUUGAAUCAGCUGACUCAGCAGCCACCUCCUCGACUUUCUCCUGCCUAUCAGGGAGGACCCAGCAGUGCUUUUUUUAAUAAUGCAGUUUCUCAUCGACCACAGUCCCCUCCUGCAGAGGCUGUGAUUCCUGAGCAGCAGCCACCUCCCAUGCUGCAAGAAGGCCACAGUCCCCUGCGAGCCAUUGCACAGCCUGGCCCCAUUCUUCCUUCACAUCUGAAUAACUUCACUGAUGAGAACCCUCCAGGAUUGCCUAUAGGGGAGACUUUAGAUCGUAUGCAUGGGAGUGUAGCUUUGGAGACAUUAAGGCAGCAGCAAGUACGGUUACAGCAGUGGAACGAACAUCAUGCCUAUCUCAGCCAGGGCAGCAUUCCGUACCCACACCAUCACCAUCCUCAUCCUCACCUCCAGCAUCUUCCUCAGCCGCCAGUGAGAGCAGACUGGAAGCUUCCCAGCAGUGCCGAGGAUGAAGCCGAAACAGCAGACUCGAGGUUUCAAGACUUACUCAGAGAACUGUCGAAUCGUGAUCAAAGUGAAACGCGGGAACUAGCUGAAAUGCCACCACCUCAAUCAAGACUUUUGCAAUAUAGACAAAUUCAGACUAGGAGCCCACCAGCAGUCCCAUCUCCCCCAUCCAGUACAGACCACAGUAGCCACUUUUCUAACUUCAAUGACAACAGCAGAGACGUUGAAGUAGCCAACAACCCAGCAUUUCCACAGCGCCUGCCACCCCAGAUAUUCAGCUCGCCUUUCUCGUUGCCAUCGGAACACCUUGCCCCUCCUCCCCUGAAAUACCUGGCACCUGAUGGAGCAUGGACUUUUGCUAACUUACAACAGAAUCACCUAAUGGGGCCGGGUUUUCCCUAUGGCCUACCUCCAUUGCCUCACAGGCCACCGCAGAACCCUUUUGUACAGAUACAGAAUCACCAACAUGCUAUUGGUCAAGAGCCAUUUCACCCAUUGUCAUCUCGAACAGUAUCAUCUUCUUCGCUCCCCAGCUUAGAAGAGUAUGAACCCAGAGGGCCUGGUCGGCCCUUGUACCAAAGAAGAAUCUCAUCUAGCUCAGUCCAGCCUUGUUCUGAAGAAGUGAGCACUCCUCAAGACAGCCUUGCUCAGUGUAAAGAGCUUCAGGACCAUAAUAACCAAUCUUCUUUCAACUUUUCAUCCCCGGAGUCCUGGAUAAACACCUCACCUACCCCCUACCAGAACAUUCCGUGCAAUGGCUCCAGCAGGACAGCUCAGCCCAGAGAAUUGAUAGCUCCACCCAAGACCGUGAAACCCUCUGAGGAUCAACUGAAGUCCGAAAACCUUGAGGUGUCCAGUUCCUUCAACUAUAAGGUGCUGCAGCAUCUCGGCCAGUUCCCCCCCCUCCUGCCCAACAAGCAGAUCGCGGAGUCGGCCGCCAGCAGCAGCCCGCAGAGCUGUGGGGGCAGCAAGCCCGCCAUGUCCUACGCCAGCGCUCUGCGGGCGCCCCCCAAACCCCGGCCCCCACCCGAGCAAGCCAAGAAGAGCAGCGACCCUCUGUCCCUGUUCCAGGAACUUAGCCUGGGGAGCUCCUCGGGCAGCAAUGGCUUUUACUCCUAUUUUAAAUAAUCAGUUUUUUUUUUCCUCAAGGGAGAAUGUUUUAAUUUCUGUUUGUAUCAAUAGAAUUAAGAUAGUUGGACCUCAUCUAUAGAUGCACAGUUCCCUUUGUUUUAAUAUUAAGUAUGUUCUCACUUAAUGGCUUUGCUGCUAGACUUGCAACUAAUUUUUUAAAAGUAUAUUCCAUUAUUUUGCAUUUUUGACGUGAGUCGGAAUUUUGACAGCUUUUAUGUAGAAUAAAAAAUAUUUUUAAAUUUGUGUAUUGUUACAUAUGUUUGCAUCAAGCUAGCAGCUAAGAGGUUAAUUGUGCAACUAUAAAAAAAAGAAAAAAAGUUUGUCUAAAAUGUAUUUAAAAAGAAAAAAAGUUGUAAGUAGCAUUUACAUUUAUUCAAUAAUAUUACCAUAUGCUGGGUUUCUGUACCAGAAAUGGCCAGUUGAUGUACAAAUGUAUGUUAUUUUUGCUUAAAUUCAUUUAAAAUUUUUUAAAAUAAAGGGGCAGCAUCUUCUAAAUACUUUAAGUUUUAUCAGCUUUUUUUUUUUUUGUGACAAGAUGCUGCAUUCUAAAACUUUUAUAGUUUUAGACUGUUUGAUGUGCUGUUGUAAUCUCCAUCCACUGUAGGAUAGAGUUAAAGGCAUUCUUUGCAGGUGUAUUUUGUAUGCCAUUGUUUUUUAUAUAGUGAAAAAACAUUGGCAUACUUAGUUAUUUUUGGACAAGCUACACUUCAAGCUUGUUUUUAAUGUUAAUUUGAUAGUGUGGUUUUUUUUUAAACAAAUCAUGAAGCUGAAAAAUUUUUAGGAUUGUUGGUGCUUAGUAGACUUAAUAACUAUUUUAAAAAUGCGUGAAUUUAGUAAAAUCCUUUUUUCCCUCACUAUGCAUGUGUAAAUGUUUGUAAUCUGGCUCUCCCCACUCCAGUGGUAUCAAGAAUUGUGCCGCUUUAAGGUUUUAUUUUCCCCCCUCCAGUAAAAAUUUGGGUACCUUAUUUGAUGUUUACAUUACAAUGUGACAUUAUACAUGGCAAUUCAAAUGUUUUGCUAACUGUUUUGUUUGAGGAACACCAUUAAAGAAGAAAUACAAUGUUUGUCAAAGAUGUAUCAAAAUUCAUCAAAAUCUGGGGCAAAAAACUACCCUUGUUUUUCAUGUCUUUUGAUUCUUUGAAAAUAACCCCACUGAACUUGUACAAAAAUAUAAACUUUAAAUAGCUAUCUUAAAUAUUCUACGGUCUAAAAAUUGUUUUGAAUGAACUUUGGUAACAUCCAAAGGAAAACGUUUACCCUCUUAAAACUUGUGGUCUUGUAACACUUUUGAAGCGAUGCAUGUCCUUAUUGUUUUCCUGAUCUAGUCGUACUGCUUUUAUACUUCAGAAAUAUCUUGAAACUACAAUAUAACUUUUUUUUUUAAAAUAAGAUGAGGUUGGGAAACAUGGCGAGUGAACCAAUGGGUCCUGAUGACCCAUUCAAAAACAGUGUUUUGGAGGAUGACUUUUGAAAGGCCAUCCUCUUCAAACGCGUACAGCCUGUUUGCAGUAAGCUUUUAAAACGGGGUGGAAAAGUGGCAGGGGUAAAGAAAAACUACUUACAUCUCUUCUAUGACUGGAGUUUAGUUGCUAUUGGCCAGCCACAACCCCUGUAAUCCUCAGAUAACGUAGAAGAGAGUGCCUUUAGUUAAAGGUUACCAAGCUGCAGGACAAAUGAAGAGUGCCUCGUUUGAGUUCUGUCUCUGCUCAGAGCACAGUUCAUUUGUAUGUGGCUUCAUGUGUCAGGCUGCGGGUCUCUGUGGCAGGUGGCAGGUGUAGACCUGUAGACUGCAGACGUGCUAAUGGUUAGUAUAAAUCACAGUUAGAAAACGGAGCCAGCAAGUUACCGCACCACGUUUUCUCUGUAUGAUGUCAGCUCUCCAGUUAGCUAGCUAUGUCAGAUUUUACGCAACACACUUUAGUCACAAGAAAAGAAGAAUUUUGCCAUAUAGCUGUGUAUUUCCAAUUCUCUGACAAAACUCAAGACAUAGCCCAAAUGAAAACUAGAUCUCCCCUAUGUGAGGAUGUCUAUGAAAAAUAAUUUUCUUGUCAAUGGUGAUUCUCCCCCACCCCCCACAAAUAUACAGGACUGUAUAACACAAGCCAGAUAUAUGUUCAAAAGCAUGUUGAUAAUAUGAAGAUAGAACUGUCAUGUCAGGGUUAACCCCUUGUCAUGAAGUAAUUGCCUAAUUUUCUGUUUUCCAUACUUGAAUCUUUAAAAAGUAUCAGUUUUUAAAUUAUUUAUAUUUAUACUUAAAGAGGUCCUGUGCACACCCCACCACCUUAUAUAGAUACAUAAGUGAUGGAAGCUUUGGAUAAGGAAGCUGUUGUGAUAUCGCUGUUCUAAGCAGUUAUUUCUAAACAAACUAAAAGUAAUAGCUACGUAUUAGUCUCCUGCUCUGCUGUAAGUGUCUGAGUGUUCAUUUCCUUAUUGCUUCUACAGCCAGUCAGGGAUUCGAAUGUUUCCAUCUGAUACUCUUUUAGAUUCUGCUUUGAUUGCGUAUUUCCACUGCUAGCAAGCUUACUCUUUCUCAGCAAUACUUAAUGCCAUCUUUCCAACCGUGCUUUAAAUCUGUCAUUUAUGCAUAAUAUCUUAACCAGUUUUGAGCAAGUCUUACUGCAAAAAUCAUUGUAAGUUUCCAUUGAAAUGAGGUAUGGCUUCUGAGUACAGUUCAUGCUGUUUCGGUAUUAUUUGGGUAGUAUUCGCGAGUACCCACAAAUCAGACUUAUAAAACAACUUCUACACUAGGUUCAACCUUAGAGUUCAGAUGGAACUUUUUUCUUUUUUUUUUUUAAAGAAAACUUGGUGUUAGCUAUUGUAUGAUACCAAGUCUUACCAAUUUCCUUUUCUUCUAGAACAGAUUUAUUCUAAGUGAGGUUAAUCAUUCACAUGAUGUCUUUCUACUUCUUUGUUCUUUGUGUCACUCUGGUUUCCUUUUUUUUUUUUUUUUUUUUUUUUGCCAGAACGGUUUUUCAGUCAUUUCACUUUUUAAUUUCUUUUAGUGAUUUUCUUUUUUGACCUUAAAGAAAUUCUUUUGGGUGAUAGAAUGCAAGGUAGAGUAUUCGUGCUAACAUAUUUUUCCUGAUCGAAAAAUGAAUUUUUUGUUAAGAUUUGAACAGCCUCAUUCAGUGUAACAUGGAUCAUUUCUGGUGUGUUUUUAAAAGGGGUUUUAGUUGCCAUUUUGGCAUAUGCCUUGUCAACUUGUUAUAGCAGAACUUUGUUUUUGAUUAGUCAGUAGUUAAUUAUUGACCAUUUAAACUAACAUGACCUUAAUUUUCCUUUCCUCAGACAUGCUUUCUAUCUAGGUCAUUUUGUAUAUAUGAAAUAACAAACUGCUUUGUGGGUUUUUUUCCAACAGAGAUUCUAGAAUAAGUUCAGGUUUGGUAUAUACAUCAAUUGGUCUUUUCGGUUCACAGAAUUGCAGAAUAAGUAAAAUAAGCAGAAUUCCCACUGAAUAAGCAUUAGCUAAUUAAACACCGCAAUCUCCAAGACCUAUUUGUAAAAACAGUUUCCUUGUUUAUGGAAGCAUUGAAAUUGCUGAGAAAGCUCACUUAAUUUUCUAACUUUGAAGUAAUUAAUAGAUAGUACUAUCUUGGUCUCGUGUAGUUGAUUUUACACAUUUAAUAUUUUCCAUGAAUAUACAUCUCAAGAGCAAAGCUAUAAACAUAUAAGAAUGUAUCUCUAGGUACCUUGUCUAGAGAGAGCCACCUUGCCUAAAAGCCAGGUUGUGAAAAACAAUUUCAAGAUGAAUUUUAGAUUUCAACUAUUAUUGAGAAAAUAAGAUUUACUGGAAAAGUCGUUAAAAAAGAGACACCUGUUAUACUUAGCAUUGUUUCAUAUUGGAGUUGUUUUUAAAAAGGGAAUCCCAGAAAAAGUCUAUCAAAAAAAUACAAGACUGAAACUUUAAAUGUAUUGAAAGAUACAAAUUGCCGCCUUAAAAUGUUAGUUAGGCUACCAUUUGUUUUUCUUCCCGCUCCAGAAAGGUAGUAAUUUGUCUUUUAUGAUUUACCAGACAUUAUUUCUUGCUAACCAUUCCUUUAGCAUAUGAAAACCCUUCAUUUCUACCACCAUCCUAUGCGUCUUCCUAAAUCGCUCGUAAAUGUUUUAAUGGAUCUGAUUUUUCUCUCCCCUUUUUGUUAUCUGAUCCUCAAACUACCUAACAAUUAGAAAUAAUGGGUAAUAUUAUAGUCCGAACAUUUCUUGUUCAAAAGACCACUUUAGUGAUGUCCAUCACGUGACAGAGUAAGUGGCCUGUUAGUCUUUAAGCAGCUCAUUAUAUCAGGCUUCUCACAUUUUCUGUCUACUUGAGGUUGGAUAUUUACUUGCUGAGAUUUUACUAUAAAGCUGCUAAAUUCACACUUAACUACUUUCAUACAUGUUUAAUUAGCAACUUUAAGACCAUUGUUACAAGAAGUGACUUUUACUAACGUUUAACAUUCUUAUAAAACAUUCAGCAAAUGGCAUUGUUAUUUAGACGAUCAGAUUACACAGUUUAAAAGCAAAUUUUUAAUGUAACGUUUAAAAUUUUUGAAAUGAUUGAAAACAUCUACUUUGGAAUAAACUUUAAGGAAACAGUCACAGGAGUUUCUAAAUGUUUUUUUGAAGGGAGGUACCUAAUAGAAGAAUCUAGAUUUAGUAAUGUGGACUGUGGUUAAAUCCUAAACCCAGUUUGAAAAGUAGUCUAAAGCUUCUAAAACUGGAGUGUUAAGAAAACCUAGAGACAUUCAUAUAUUAUAGUUUCAGUAAUCAGAGUAUUAGACCAGACUUUAUUUGCAAUUUGUUCAACAGAGAGAUUUUAUUUUGAUACAAAUAUUAAGCAUAAAGCAUAGUAAGUUUUAUAUAAUUCUAUGAGUUCAUUAAACAAUAUUAUGGAACUUUCAUUAUGUUCUUGGGGAGUCUUUUUAGCUGUUUCUGCACCUCCUCUAUGAGGUCUCCUGUAUUUUAUUUUGCAUUCUAGCAUGUGUGACUGCCUGCCUUAGAACUAUGUGUAGGAGGGGAAAUCAGUAUUACUUUAAAAAAUGUUUGAUUUUUAGAAAUAAAUUUUUUCAUUAAUACUUUUUUUUGUUAUGUUUGAGAAAGUUAAGGGGAAGGGAUGGCAAAUUACAUAGGUUUCAACACAGUAGAAGUCACACAGUAGUGUCUAUUCACAGGUCUGUCCUGUUUUUCAGAUUUGAGAACUUUGAGCAGGAUAGAGCAGUGGUCUCAAGGUUAGGCAAGCAUCAGAAGUACCUGGAAGUCUUACUGGAAUACAGACUGCUGGACCCCAUCCCCAGAGUUUCUGGUUCCAGGCUGGAGCCCGGUCAUUUGCAUUUCCAACAUGUCCCCAGGUGAUGCUGAUGCCGCUGGUCCAGGGACCACAUUUCGAGAACCACUGGUCUAGAGAGACUGAAGUUCUUUUCAACCAAGCAUUUAUUUACUCGGUAUAAAAACCCAUGCUCUUGAGACAUUUUUAUAAUUCUGAUGCCAUGCGUGCAACAGUCAUGGAGAAAGCUCUGUGGAGUGACGAGCCCUGCUGAUUGGCUGCCACUCCGCUCCCAUUGCCCGCCUCCUUUAAGGUCUGUGGUACCCCUCCACAUGAGGGUGCAGGAGCUCUUUCAUUUCUGGGGUGACUUCGGAUUUGUGUACAUUGCAGCCUGGGCUUUGGUCUGGAAGCUGUGCGUAUGUUUGGUGUGCUUAGAGUCCGUCUUGAUAAUCUGUACACAUGGAGACGAGAAUUGUGGAAGGACGGGUGCCCUCAGAAUGUCACGAGGAUGCACUUCGCGUUGAUCGAGGCACUAAGUAGAGAAGGUGCUGCCUUAGGAUGGCAGUGACAUGGAGCAUUGAAAACAAUGGAUCGUCCCCAAAUAAUGUAUUUGUAGUUUUUAUGGGUUCUUUUUUUGGAUAGGGGAAGUGAGGGCAAAGGAUUUCUUUUCAAAUUAUGUGUUUCUCAGGUUAACAGAAUUAUUUUGGAUUCUCUGCCAUGUCAGCAGGUGUUGGGGAGGCUGAAGUGUUGUGUAUGGCAGAAAAUUGAUAAUUGUCUCUGAUUACUUUGCUACCUUAAAAAAAAUCUAUAUAUGUUUGCAAAACAGUCUAGGGGAAGCUACGGGCUACACAGCAUGAGUUAUUCCUAAACCAUAGGUGCGCACGUAUGAGCAAGUUAUUUUUGAGAAGGAAACUGUCUAUAAUAAACCUGACAGGUCUUUGGAUGUUUUAAAAUGUGUGUGUUAUUGUCCUUGUUGUUUGUGUCCCCCCCUGGACUGUAGGUUGAGGGGUAUUGGGCUCUGCCUCUGGUUUUUAGUUUGGCUUUGAAUUUACUGAGAUACUAGAAAGAGACAAAAUACUUCUAAGGUAACUGUAGGAUAACUUAGAUGUGAAGUCCCCAUGAUAAGCUCCAUAGAAGGCACAGCUUUGGAAUUCUUAACACAGUACUUCCCACUAGAAAGGCUGGAUGAGCUUCAAUGGGGAUUGCCUACAUUCGCACAGGUUACUCUAUCCAAUUCCAGCUCAUAGGGAGCUUUGGUUUAUUUACAUUUGCUUUGCACGCUGCCUUGUAUGCCAAGACCUCUCUCUAUCUUUCAGUAGAUCAGAGGACUCCUUUGUCCAGGGUGAAGUCCUAGCGUGUCAGUCACACCUGAGAAUGUCAUCCCCCCUCCCAUACAGAGGAAGGGUCCUGGAUUUUCAUGUAUCCAGACCAUGUCUUCUUCCUAUAAAUCCAUGUAUAUGACAUUGUACUGUAUCCGCUUUCUGUGCCAGUCAUCUGACCUGAUUCUUGGAAACCCAUGAAGGUACUGGUUAUAUGUAGUAGUUGUAUCCUAGGUAAAUAUGGUGAUUGAAAUACCUCUCCUCUAAAUUAUAAAGGUAAUGGGUUUUGUUUUGCAUUUUAUUAAACGGUCCUGUUAUUAGUAACAGCUUUUUUUUUUUUUAAUGCUUCAAAAACAGUUCUUAUCUAAACUUGUUCAGCUAACUUCAUAUGAUCCAUUACUUAGCGAAUUCAUACUCGGUCUUAUUUUGGCAAGUCUUCCAAAGGGAGGCUACGUAAACCUGAGAUGGUCAGUUUCCAUCUCUUAGAAGUACCAGCCGUGCAGCCAAUCUAAUUAUCAUAAUUUAUGGCAAAAUUAUAACAAAAAUUUUUUUCUUUGAAGUUAAUGAUACCUCAGGUGAGAGGUUCUAGUACCUAAAGAGUAAAAUAACCCAAAGCCACUCUCUAGGUUUUUUUUUUUUUUAUCAUUUUCUUUUUUAACUUAGUUCUGGAAUUGCUUUAGCCACUUUGGUUUCUUAGAACAAGUUUUCUUCAAUUUGGGGGUCUACAGUUCCUACAUUGUGAUCAUUGUCUCAGUGAAGUUCUUUUGUUUUAAAAGAUUCAUGGUAACACAAAAUGUAUUUUACUGCUACAACUAAAAUGUAUUUAUAA